UGGUCGAGGAUCAGUUCAGCUAACUGCUCUCAUGUUGCUCAAUCAAUCGAGCGCCCUUGCUAAACUGAUCCGGGGUCUGUAAGGAUCGCCAGUCCUCCUCCUCGGUGUACUCCGACGGCCCCGCAGUCUUUUCCUUCCACUCCACUUGUGAAACACCAGCCAGCCCGACUUUCCCACGCCUCGACACCGCAAGCCACCAGAAAACGUCUUGAAUCGGCACACAGAUUGAAAUGCGGAAACGACCGCUCUAAGACGUCGCUGGGGGGAAUUAUGCACCUUUCAGACCGGACAUACUAUGCAGGAAUUAAAUCAGAAGAGGCCUCUACUUUUUCCACUGGAGUGACUGCACAGAAGGGGACGUAAACUUUUCAGGCGGUGCGAACGGGCUGCGCUCGUUUUUAUAAUGUCAGCGGUACUGAGCUGGUUUUAACUGAUUUUUAUGGUCAUCUGUGAACCAUUUUGAGGAUCUACUGUCAAUGCGUUGCUUUUUGUGGACUCUUUUCUUGGUGGAAACAAGCUCAAGGAGGACUUCCACGGCUCAGGAGUGCGACGACAGAGACUGACGCGUCCGUGAACGCAGCAGCUGUUGCAGCUAACGUCCAGACAUGCCGCAGCUAAACGGGGCAGACGGAGACGACUUGGGCGCAAAUGAUGAGCUGAUUGCUUUUAAAGACGAGGGGGAACACGAGGAGAAGAGGAACGUGUCCGCUGAACGGGACCUGGACGAUGUCAAGUCCUCACUGGUCAACGAGUCCGAGACGAACAGCAGCUCAGACUCGGAGGCAGACAGACGUCUCAAGCCCAAUCCAGAUCUACAGAGCAGGGCCAGACACAGUCAGCUGCUGGAAGAAGAAGUGCUCAGGAGACGGCAGGACGGAGGUCUCUUCCAGCCAUCUCCAUAUGUUGGAUAUCCCUUCUUCAUGUUCCCAGACCUCGGGAAUCUCUGUAGUCCCUACCUCCCCAACGGAGCCCUCACACCGAGUGGCAGGACGUACCUGCCGUUUCAGUGGCCUCUGCUGGACGUCCCCACACGAGCUGCGAUCAGAGACUCUGCUACUGCGACACACCUGUCUAACAGUGUGCCGGUGGUGCAGCACCCUCAUAUGACCCACCUGCACCCCCUGCUGUCCUACAGCCCCGAGGCCUUCUCCCCUCAGAGGGCCUCACCUGGCUUCUCCCCUGACACAGGUAUGUCGAGGACCCCUCAUGCAGCCUGCUACCCCGUCUCACCUGGAGGCGUGGCUCAGAUCACACACCCCCUCGGAUGGCUGCCGGGACAGCCCAUGUAUCCCAUCGCGGGGGGGUUCUCACCUGCUGCUCUUGCCAUGAACGCGUCCAUGUCCAGCCUGGUGUCGGGCAGCUUCUCUCCUCGCUUGGUGCCGACCCCCCAGUCGUCCGUCCCCCAUUCGGCCAUCGUCCCCAUGGGAGUGAAGCAGGAGCAUGGAGGUGGAGGAGGAGGCGGAGGCAGCAGCAGCAGCAGCCAGCCCGGGAAGUCGAUGGGCGACGGCCAGCAGGAGAAAGACGAAGAGAAGAAGCCUCACAUCAAGAAGCCGCUGAAUGCCUUCAUGUUGUACAUGAGGGACGAGCGGCCCAAAGUGGUGGCUCAGUGCAAAGUGAAAGAGAGCGCGACCAUCAACCAGAUCCUGGGCCAGAGGUGGCAUUCGCUGACCAAAGAGGAACAAGCCAAAUAUUACGAACUGGCUCGGAAAGAGAGACUCGUCCACUCCAAACUUUACCCCGGCUGGUCGGCCAGAGACAACUACGGUAAAAAGAAGAAGAGAAAGAGAGCCAAGAGUGAGACUCAGGAAGCUCCUCAGGAGGACGUCCCCCCACAGCUGAAGAGACCUCGUGUCCCAGAGGAGACGCCUCACGCACACUCCCGCUCCCACCUGACACAGCCGCACACCAUGUCACACCUGACACAUACACACCUGUCCCAGGCCAGCCCCGCUUCCUCACUGGACUCCCCGGCGACGCCGACCACCGCACUGGCCUCGCCCGCCGCUCCGGCGCCGACACACACCGAGCACACACACUCCUCGUACAGCGGACACACGUCCCCCUACGGCGAACAGCUGCAGCCGCUGUCCCUCACCACCAAACCCCACAGGACGCCCCACCCGCUGAGCCGAAACACCAUCACUCCCGGACCCUCCACUCCGUCGUCCUCCUGCGACACCCCCACCUCCUCCCCCCUCACGGCUUCGUCCAGAUGUUCAUCUCCUCCCCCUCCCCCUCCUCCUCCUCUGCUUUCCCAGCCCUUCCUCGUCCCGCCUCCUACCUCUGCUCACCAAUCAGCAGCGAGCUCCCACGGUGCCUUGCUCUCCGUCAGAAGAACCAAUCAGCUGUGAGGGGCGGGGUUUGUUUUGUCGACCAUCACACAAUAAAAACAAUGGAAUCACAUGAUUGGUACCUCUUUUUGAUGCUGUAAAUAGGCUUUGCUUUUUUAAACUUUUUAUAGAUGUAUCACAUUUUAUAUUAGUAUGAAAAUAAUUGGUCAAUAUUUGACUGCUUUUCUAACUUCGUGUUUUUGCAAACUGUCACUUUUUCUAAGAACUUUUUCCGAACGAUCAGCUUGUUGUAACUGAGAGCGCGGGUGGCACUGGGGUGCGUUUGUUUCAGAUUUACUUUUUUCACCUGAUAGUAAUGAGUGUAAACCUUAUUUUCUGGUUCCUCCUCUGUGUUAAUAAAUAUUCACUGAGUUCUAA